ACAAGUUUUCUGAUGUAUUUGCUUGCACCUUCUUCCCUUGCUGUUUGGUGAAUCCAGCCCCCCCCCCUUCCCCCCCCAGGAUGGAUCAUUCCCAGUGCCUUGUGACUAUAUACGCCUUGGUGGUUCUGCUGGGUCUCCGGCUACAGCAGGGCGCCUGCCAGCACUAUCUGCACAUCCGACCGGCUCCCAGCGACAACUUGCCCUUGGUGGAUCUAAUCGAGCACCCGGAUCCUAUAUUUGACCCCAAGGAGAAGGAUCUUAACGAGACCUUGCUAAGGAACCUCAUGGGCGGACACUUCGACCCCAACUUUAUGGCUGUUUCUUUGCCCGAGGACCGGCUCGGAGUGGACGAUCUAGCUGAGCUGGAUUUGCUGCUCAGGCAGAGACCCUCGGGAGCGAUGCCCAGCGAAAUCAAAGGGCUGGAGUUUUACGACGGGCUGCAGCCGGGCAAGAAGCACAGGCUGAGCAAGAAGCUGCGCAGGAAGCUGCAGAUGUGGCUUUGGUCCCAGACCUUCUGCCCGGUCCUAUACACGUGGAACGAUCUCGGCAGCCGCUUUUGGCCCCGGUAUGUCAAAGUGGGCAGCUGCUACAGUAAAAGGUCUUGUUCAGUCCCCGAAGGCAUGGUUUGCAAACCUGCCAAGUCCGUGCAUUUAACGAUCCUGAGGUGGAGGUGCCAGCGCCGGGGCGGGCAGAGAUGCACAUGGAUACCCAUCCAGUACCCCAUCAUUUCGGAGUGUAAGUGCUCCUGCUAGGGCUGGCACUUCACUUCGCGCCCCUUCUCCAGCGGACUCACGUGGACCUUUGCUGCAACAGAAAUAAAAGACAUUUGCUUUCUGGUUAACGUUGUAAUGCACUGUAACGUGUAGGAGAAUGUAUAUUAUGUGUAUAUAUGGCACCGGUUUAAUAUACUAUUAAAAGGUCAGUAUUAUACGUGAAAUAAUCAGCGUCUACUGUAUUUUCAAGACUAUUACCCUGA